AUGAGAUCAGACGAUUGUACCGAAGAGCAAGUGAGAGUGUCGCACACAGAGUCAGAGCAUACUAUACACCAACAGAGCCAGCUUACGGAUAAUCCCGAACGAUUACCACAAAACCCAUCAGUUGAGCCGCAUCCCGAGCCGUCAAAUGAGCCGCUCGUCGGACCUGACAUAAUAGAAGAAAAUCAACGCAAAGAUCGAGAUGUACCGUCAAUGUGGAGGUUGAUUUCUCAAGUGUUCAUCUGGGAGAUUCUGGCUAUAAUUUUGUCCACUGGGCUUUUGAUAACUAUAGUUUCACCAACCUCAACCAAGCUGGAAAUAAGUGUUGCUGAACUCGCUUGCGAUUUGUUCUCUGUUAGCGAAGGACUGAGACAGCUGAAGUGGGUGUGGUUCACUCAAAAAAAGCGACCGAUGUCCGACCUUCGUGUGUUCGAUUUAGCCAGCCGAGGAAUAUAUGGUAGUGCAGAAUGA